GAGAGAGGGAGGGAAAGAGCGAGAGAGAGAGAGAGAGUUUACCCUUUCAUUCCAACCAAUGAGACGGUCGAUACACUAAGAUUUUCAUAGUUGUGCAGGAGCACAAAGUGAGCUGACUGUGUGAAUUUCCAGGUAAAACUGCAAACCGACUCAAGCAUUUUUCUUUUCACUUUUCUUUGCUCACAUCUCCAGCUCCUGAUACUCAGGUCUUCUCCUCUUUAAGCCCUCGAGGCCGCUCCUCCAGGCUUUGAUGCCCACACUCUUUGAAGCAGGUGGACAGACGCAGGCAUGAGUGACAGUGGGACCAAAGAGCCGUCUCCCCAGCCGAGCACUGCCCAGUCACCUCCUGAGCCUCAGCGCAGGGGCAGGGGUCGGCCACGGAAACAGCAGCAGGAGCCUGUUGGACCUCCGACUCCAAAGCGACCGAGAGGACGACCUAAAGGCAGCAAGAACAAAGGCCCCAGAACUGCACUGAAGAAAGUAGAGCCUGUUGGGGAGAGACGACCACGUGGGCGACCGAGGAAAUGGCCCCAGAAAGUAGUUCAACAAGUAACUGAAGAGCAGCAGGGCCCUUCAGAAGAGGCUGAGGAGGGUCCCUCACAGCUCGAGCCCUCGUCAUCUCAGGUUCCAGUGCAGGAGGAAGGGGAGUAGAUAGGAUGCCUUUCUACCUACCUCAAGGUUUGGCCUCAAACAAACAGGGGUACAGUCUGACUCCUAUCUGGGAUGGGGAUUCAGGAACACACAAACACACACCCACACACACAAAAAAGUCAUUGUCGACAGUGGUUUCUUCUCCUGAUCCGAUACUGUACCCUGGUUUUGUUGGUUCACUAUAAGAGUUUGUUUUAACAUCGAAGAAUUUGAUUUUUGGAUAUGGCUUUUUUUAAGGGAAUAGUUUGACACUUAUUUACUUUCCUGCUGUGAGUUAGAUGAGAAGAUUGAUGCCACUCUCAUGUCUGUAAGGUAAAUGUUAACCUACUGCCAGCAGCAGCAGCUGAUUAGCUUAGCAUAGCACAAAGACUGGAAACAGGGAAACAGCUAGCGCGGCUCUGUCCAAAGGUAACAAAAUCCUAUUCAAUCUUCUCAAGAUCUCAAUUUUUGUUUUUAUGGGGGCUUUGAGUUUUAGAAGUGUUGGUCAUGGGUUUUGUUACCUUGGGACAGAGCUAGGCUAACUGUUUCCAGUCUUUAUGCUAAGCUAUGCUAACCAUUUUCCAUAGUAUCAAUCUUCUCAUCUAACUCUAGACAAGAAAGCUAAGAAACGAAUUUCACAAAAUGACCAACUAUUCCUUUAAGGAUGCCUGCUCUCCCUGAACCUGUGUGUGUGUGUGUGUGUGUGUGUGUGUGUGUGUGUGUAUGUACACAUGUUGCUACAUAGUGAGGACUGAAACACUUCAAAGGGCUGUUUGAAGGUUAAGACUUGGUUUUAAGGGUUAGGGUUAGGCAUUUAGUUGUGAUGAUUAGGGUAAGGGGCUAGGGAAUGCAUUAUGUCAAUGAUGGUCCUCACAAAGAUAGAAGUACAAGGGUGUGUGUGUGUGUGUGUGUGUGUGUGUGUGUGUGUGUGUGUGGAAGGGGUUGCAGGCUAAAAUGAAAGGGGGCAUUCAAGAAAAAAGGAACCAAACUAAACCGUUUUAUUGAAACAUGUUUCUAAAUCAAGCGUCAUGAAUCCUCAUAUGAAAUGGGAGCAAGACGGUGACAUUUUUAGCAAUGUUACAAUAUAAACAUGGUGCGCUGAAGUCAUUAUUAUGAAAGUAGAAGUGAAAGGUUUUAUUCCAAAAUGAAAUAUCCAAUUUGGGAGGGGAGAAAUGUCUUACGUUCUUUGCUCAGAUUAAAAAAUGCAUAGGAUUACAUCGCUCAAAUGUCAAUGUAAGCGAGAGUACAGUAUUCAGAUUAAUAACUUCUGUGAAAUCCUUUUAUUUUCCUUCCAACCAGCAGAAAAAAGCACCCAAAGGUUUAAAUGGAUGUCUCAUUUUGGAAAGAAACCCUUCAUAUAUACUUUAGUCAACAACAGUGUUGAUGUGUCAUUUUACCACACUCAGGAUUUUACUAUUACAGUGCUUUUACACCAUAUUGAAACCUCAGGUACAAAACUAUUCAGGAACAUGUUGUCAGUCUACUCAGUGAUAAUUAUUGUGCUGUGUUUGUUGUGCACUUCUGAUCUGUAUUUGACAUUACCAUUAUGCCUUGACACAAAGACCUCAUUUAAACCUCAGUUGCCCUCAGUUUCUUAAUCUCUCAUUCUACCUCAGUAACACAAAAGACAGAUGGUCUCCCACAAAGUUAUUCUCCACUCCCUCAGCAGCAACGACACACACACACACACACACACACACACACACACACACACACACACACACACACACACACACACACACACACACACACACACACACAGGUUCAUGUGCAGAUAUA